AAUGACGACAUAUUAGAAGUAAUUGGAGGAUAAUUUGUAAUUAAUUCAUUCCCUUAUUAUACAGUUUCAUCCCAUCAAUGUUUGUCUCUCUAACUUCACUUUCGACUUUAUCACUGAACCCCCUCUGUUCCAUAAUAGCCUAAACUGCACACACUAACCCCACUACGUAACUGUAACACACCUUUAAACCCAAAGAAAGAUAGGAUUUCUACAAUUUGCGUACAUAUAAUCAUAUAUAUAUGUGUAAGUUUGAAUGAUCUUUGAGUUUUGAAAAUGGUUCCUCCGAUAAUAAUUGAAACUUCGUUCCUGGCGGCGAAUCCCUCGUCGUACAGUUUGACUGGGAUUCGGCCGUUUCCGAUCAACCGAAACGGCGGGGUCGGUGAACCGAGUGGAGGUUUAGAUUUGAGAAUGAGCAAUUUGAGUGAAUUUGGGGAGGCAGCAUUGAAUCGAGAUGUUUCUGUUGACGAAUCGACGGUGAAGGAGCAGAGUGGGAGUAGAGGCGGUGGCAGUGGCGGUGGGAGGAAGCCGAGGGAUGCGAAUUCAGAGGAUGAGUCUUCGAAGCUUGUUUCCACCAGUAGUGGCAAUCAUUUGAAUGAUUCCAAUGGUAAACGAAUGAAAAAACUAUAUGGAUCCCAAGAUGAAAAUGGUGGUUCAAAAUCUGAAGUGGAAGGGAGUUCAGGGACGGAGACCAAGCCUGCUGAGCAAAGCACGAAACCUUCUGAGCCGCCUAAGGAAGAUCAUAUCCAUGUGAGAGCAAGAAGGGGUCAAGCUACUGAUACCCACAGUCUGGCAGAGAGAGUCAGGAGAGAAAAUAUUAACAAGAGGAUGAAGAUUCUGAUAGAAUUGGUUCCUGGAUGUAAUAAGGUUAUUGGGAAAGUACUUGUCCUUGAUGAGAUAAUUAAUUACAUCCAGUCAUUACAACGUCAGUUCUUGUCAAUGAAGCUUGAAUCAGCUAAUUCAAGGAUGAACCCCAGCAUUGAAGGUUUUAAAAAGAAUGAUGGUCAUUCUGUUACCAAAAGCAAGGGACUGAUGGUGCGGGCAUUUCGUUAUUUUCUCAGUUCGAUGGAGUAUCUUUCGCGUUGUUUUCGGUGCUCAAAGUCGCACAGAAUUCACAAUAUACAACACCAAGAGAAUAUUAUAUAGAUAUCUAAAAAUAUUUUCUGUCUUGGACCUCAAUUAAACAGUGGAAUGGUGUGUUCAUAACUGAAUUUAUAAAGUAUGGAUUUGAAUUU